AUGGACAUCAAGGAGUAUUUUGCCAGAAUUUCUUACCAGGGCUCCUAUGAUAAGCUGGACCUGGCUACCUUGACGGAUAUAUUCCAGCACCACAUCCGAGCGGUCCCUUUUGAAAACCUCAGCAUCCACUGCGGGGAAGGGAUUGAGCUGGACCUGCAAGCGACGUACAACAAGAUAGUGAGGAAGAAACGCGGCGGCUGGUGCAUGGAAAACAACUACCUUUUAUCCUGGGUCCUGAAAACCCUCGGCUACGACGUCACCCUUCUGGCAUCGAGAGUUUAUGUCCCGGAGUACGGCGCGUAUGCAGAGGAAAUCGAUCAUCUGCUGCUAAAAGUGGUGCUUGACGGCAAAUCCUACAUCGUGGACGGCGGGUUUGGGAUGGUCUACCAGCUGUGGCAGCCCAUGGAGCUGAUUUCGGGGACAGACCAACUGCAGACUCCUGGGGUCUUUCGCUUCCUCGAGGAGAGCGGGACCUGGUACCUCGAGAAGGUAAAAAGGAAGCAGUGGGUUCCCAACCAAAGCGCCUCCGCUUCCCAUAACGUGGAAAAAGAAGUUUGCCGUCGCAUUUAUCUCUUUACCCUUCAGCCACGAGACAUUGAAGAGUUCAGAGCCUGCAACACCCACCUGCAGACCGCACCGAACUCGCUGUUUGUGACCAAGUCUUUCUGCAGCCUGCAGACCACGGACGGCGUCCGGGCUCUGGUGGGGUGGAAAUUCACCGAGGUAAAGUACAAUUACAAGGAUAAUAUGGAUCUGGUGGAAAGCAGAAUCCUUGCAGAUGAAGAAAUUGAGAAAAUACUGAAAGAGAAAUUCAACGUAACACUAGACAAGAAACUUGUACCCGUCAACACAAGCAGGUUGUGUAUGCUUUAA